UCUUACCUUGACUUUAACUCUUCUUUCAUAUUUCCGAUACAGAACCAUUGAGGCCCGGGGCCUGGAAGGAAGGUGAGCAUUUGGCCCAUUCGGUUUGGGCACCUGGCAGAGAUCAGCUCAAGAGGAACCAUGGUGGCCAGGGCCUUCGUUCUGCUGGCCCUCUUUGCGGAAGCUUCGGCGAAAUCAUGCACUCCGAAUAAAGCAGAUGUCAUCCUUGUGUUUUGUUACCCCAAGACCAUCAUCACUAAAAUCCCCGAGUGUCCCUACGGAUGGGAAGUACACCAGCUGGCCCUCGGGGGACUGUGUUACAAUGGGGUCCAUGAAGGUGGCUACUACCAAUUCGUCAUCCCAGAUCUGUCACCCAAGAACAAGUCCUACUGUGGAACCCAGUCAGAGUACAAGCCUCCCAUCUACCACUUCUAUAGCCACAUCGUGUCCAAUGACAGCACCGUGAUUGUGAAGAACCAGCCUGUCAACUACUCCUUCUCCUGCACCUACCACUCCACCUACUUGGUGAACCAGGCUGCCUUUGACCAGAGAGUGGCCACUGUUCAUGUCAAGAACGGGAGCAUGGGCACAUUUGAAAGCCAGUUGUCCCUCAACUUCUACACUAAUGCCAAGUUUUCCACCAAGAAAGAAGCUCCCUUCGUCCUGGAAACAUCUGAAAUCGGUUCGGAUCUGUUUGCAGGAGUAGAAGCCAAGGGACUAAGUGUUCGGUUUAAAGUAGUCUUGAAUAGCUGUUGGGCCACCCCCUCGGCUGACUUCAUGUACCCCUUGCAAUGGCAGCUGAUCAAUAAGGGUUGCUCCACUGAUGAAACCGUCCUCGUGCACGAGAAUGGCAAGGACCACAGGGCCACUUUCCAAUUCAAUGCCUUCCGGUUCCAGAACAUCCCCAAACUAUCCAAGGUUUGGUUACACUGUGAGACGUUCAUCUGCGACAGUGAGAAGCUCUCCUGCCCAGUGAACUGUGACAAACGGAAACGCAUGCUACGUGACCAGACAGGGGGUGUCCUGGUUGUGGAGCUGUCCCUACGGAGCAGAGGGUUUUCCGGUCUCUGUGACUUCUCAGAUGUUCUUCUCCACCUCGUCCUGAUGCUGGGGACCUGGGCCGUGUUGUAGGAGGUAGCUGGCAGCUGCAGCAGCUCUCUCCACGGCCACCCUGAACUGUGACAGAUUUGUUUAUUGUGCUGCCAGAAAGAACAGACAGAAGACUGCAUUGCUGGGGAGCCAGGAGCUGCCCUUUGCCAAAUAUGUGUCCCAUGAUGUGUGUGUGUGUGUGUGUGUGUGUGUGUGUGUGUGUGUGUGUGUGUGUGUGAAUUUGGUGAUCCACUGCCUUGGAGUCAUACUUCCUGUGGCAGUUAGAUCCUGAUAAUCUUCUCCAAGAAGCUGGGCAGGAGCCUCCUCUCCUCCGCUCAAAUUAGAGCAGCACUUGAAAGCUACCUUCCUUAUAAAAGACACUCCCAUCACACGCAGCUUAGCAUUUGGAGACAGGGACAGACCAUCACCACAAAAAUCAAUGUCAAAUACAGAAUCCACGGGAAUAGCCAGCUUUUAUCCAGCAGGCACUCUGUCACUGCAUUCUAAGGAUCAGCAUGGACCCCCUAGGCAGGAGGUCCCAGUCUUCAAACCACAAUGUGGAAAUCCAAGUUAAACACAAUACAUUUGCUCAAACUUCUGUAAUGGAUGAGAAGCAGGUUCUUGAGAGCCAGCUGCUAGUACUAGUCUGCUUUUAUUAUAGGGUUUCUUAAAUCGAUAUAAUCAUUAGGUUGGUGUAAAUGCCUUGUCCUUAUGAGUGAUCAUAUUUUUUUAGUCACAAAUAAAUAGGAAACAGACAAUGAACAAAGUAAAACCCUCCUUCAUUUCGCGUAAGAGUGUGGCAUUGCCUGCGUGAAAUGUAUUUGCAUGAGAGUGGAAAGACUCUGGCCGAGUCCAGGUUCUCUGAGAUGUGAGAACAGAUCUUCCCCACACGUGUGGUGCCCUGUGCACUCCCUAGCCUCGUGUGUGCUCUUGGAAGUCUUCCCGUCAGGAUGGUGGACAGCAUUUCACCUUCACUGAAAACAUCCAAGCCUGUUUCUACUUCCAACUCGCUCACGUGUGAUUGUGGGGACUGAACCAACCACUCGUCAGAAAUGUCAUGCACAUUCGGUCAGUGACAUCACAUGGCAGUGCACACUCAGAACUAGCCAUCCCUGUGACCCAGAGCGCACCAGUGUCAGUGGGUCACUUUGGCCGAGAAGCAAACUGAACAUACCAGUCCUGUGAGAGCAUUAGCUGAGGUAUGACAGGAGAGACCUUGUGCUAAGUCUCUUUUUCUUUGUCACUUGCAUACUUGGCAUUUGAAAUCACAUGUCAGUUGGUCCCUCUGUAUUUAACACCCUUGAGAGGUCUUGAUAUCUACAGUUGGCUGAUCUUCUUACAACUUGCAUAAAUAAACUCAGAAAUUGUGUUUGUUUAGCCACAGGGUAGAGUACGGUGGUUCCACGCAGUCUAAACUUGGUACCUAGCUGGUGCUCCAAUCAGUUUGGGAUCACUUCCUGAUGUAAAGUAGGAGUUAGUUGUAGCCAAGAAUUACAGAAAACAUGCUUUAUUGAUCCUAGUCAGGAACUCUUAGGAAGCAUACAUAAAGCCAAGUACAUAGGUGUUUGGCUGUCAGAGUAAAACAAUGUUAAAACCAUCAUCAUGAUUUAUGAGCUUGUAUCUCAACCCGGUGCUAUGGACUAAAUAAAAUGUCUGGAAUAAGUAACCUGUG